AACCCUAGGCAAUGAAGCCCCCCUUGUUUUAAAAACAUCUUGAAAUCAAAUUUGAAAGGAAACCUUGAAAGAGGUAAAAGGGAGAGAACAAAAAAAUAGUAGAAGAUGGGUAAUGAUGAAAAGCAAGAAUUGUCGGGAAUAAAGUUGAAAAACGGGAUUUUAAUCGGGAAAAAAGCCAACAAAACCACACCUUCGAAACUAGGGUUUCAUAAUUCCUCUUCUCUACUUCGCAAUUUUCCGAUGAACAACUCUGUUUCUGCUAGAAAGAUCGGUGCAAAUCUAUGGGAAGUUCAACCGCAAUUCAAUUUCAGCAAAGAUCACGCUGAUCAUGGCGGUGCUGCUGCUAAUCUGAGCCACCACCGUCGCCGACGCCACCGUAGCCAUGAUAUAGAGAGAUUUGAGGAUUCCGAUAGACUGGACGAAAAACAACCUCCUGACUCCGAUCCACAACCUCCAGAAAUCGAGACUAUUUCGAGAAGCAAUAUUAGAGAAUUACCGAGCUUACGCCAUUUAUCAGUCGGUAAAAAUGGCAACGAUCUGCAGCAUGUUUCGUCUGCGAGUUGUUGUAGCUCAAUGCAGGUGACACCUUUCAUUAAAGCCGCCACCCCGAUUGGCUACACUGUUAAGACGUCGACACACUUGCUUAAAAUUCUCAAUCGAAUUUGGAAUCUCGAAGAACAGCAUUCGUUGAACGUGGCUUUGAUCAAAACGUUGAAACGAGAACUCGGCAUUUCGCGAGCACAAAUCACGACGCUAAUCGAAGAACGGAAAAGGGAUCGUCAAGAAAUGGACGAAUGGAAAAAGUCGAUCAACGAUCGGAAGAAAAAGGCGAUCGAGUCAACACGAGACGAGCUUUUGGACAUAAAAUCUUCGUUAAUGCGAGAGAGGAAAGCGCGGAUUUUGUUAGAAAGUUUGUGCGACGAGUUUGCAAACGGGAUAAGAGAUUAUGAACAAAAGGUGAGAUUUUUGCAGCAAAACCGCGGGAAAAAAGAUCAACUCGUGAGCGAGAACGAGCCCGAUCGGCUUAUCCUUCAUGUUUCUGAAGCAUGGCUUGAUGAAAGGGUGCAAAUGAAGUGUGAUUUUUCAGAAAAGACGUCGAUUUCUGAUAACUUAUGUUGCGAAAUCGAAACAUUUCUCGAGGCGAAAAAGAAACAAUCUCGUGGCUCCGGGGUUGAACCCGACGAACUUCUUGAAAACACCGAGCCAUCUUUGCAGUUGGUGCCACGAAUGACGGACCGCAGUCUUGGAGUAGCUGAACCAUCUUCACAAUUGAUGUCAAGAAUGGAGCGGCUCCAAGACCAUGGAGGGGCUGAACCGUCAAUGCCAAGAAGGGCAGGCCGGGGUUCAGAUGCCACUGAACCAUCUUCGAAAUCAAUCACAAGGGGGAGAGACCGAGGUUCUGGAGUGGCUGAGCCACGGGCUCGUGAGGGUGCGAAAUCGAACACAUUGAUGGCUAAGCUACUUGAAGCAAGGUUAGAAAGCCAGUUUUCUAAACCAAGAACACUAAGAAGGUAGUUUAGCUUAGUUUACUUCCCAUGGUUGGAUCAUUAGGCUCGAAUGGGUGCACUUAGCCGGGGUGCGAUCCAUCGGUCGAGCCCGUGAGUAAAUUACGAUUCUCGUCCUUGUAGUUUGUUAAUAAUUUCGAUUUUCAUCCCCGUGGUUUAGAAAUUGUGAUUUUCGUUCCUAUAGUUUACAAUUUAUUGCUAUUUUUGUCCCUGAACUAGUUCCCAUCUUUGAGUACAAGGGACCAAAACUGUAAAGAAUUGUAAAGCAUAGGGACAGGAACAACAAUAAGUUGUAAAUUAUAAGGACGAAAACCACAAUCUUUAAACCAUAGAGACGAAAAUCGAAA